AUGCAUCACUUUACAAUUGAAAGUGUUCUGUCGAAAAAUUAUACUACCUCAAGAAGUACUGCAAUAGAUAUGGCCUUUACAUUAUUCCAAUCAGCAAGUCCACAAAAGAGAUCUGACAAAGCCCCAGUGGUCAUCAUGCAUGGACUGCUUGGUUCAAAAACAAACUGGAAAGGGCUUGGAAAAGCUAUUAGUUCCAAAACAGGGCGGCAAGUUUAUACUGUAGAUGCCAGAAAUCAUGGUGACAGCCCCCACACUCCAGAUAUAAGCUACCCACUAUUAGCUGAAGAUCUGCUUAAUUUUCUCGAAAGACACAACAUUCCAAAAGCUGUGUUGAUGGGUCACAGCAUGGGAGGCAGGGCAGUCAUGGCAGCAGCUCUGAUAGAGCCAUCAGUAGUGGAGAAACUGCUGGUACUCGAUAUCUCUCCUUAUGGGGUCUCAAACAGCAUAUCAUCACUUCCCAUCUUUGUUGAGAUUAUGCGGAAGGUUCAAGUUCCGUCUCAUCUGAAUAUAGUUGAAGCACGCACAUAUGUAGACAACCUCCUGCUACCUGCAGUCCCGGAACGUGGUAUUCGGCAGUUCCUUUUGACAAACCUGAUCCGGGACGAGGAAGGCUACAAAUGGAGAGUGAACAUUAAUGCUAUUGCUGAGAACUUCAACCCCCACAUAUCUACCUUUCCAGUUGUCAAGAGAGACAGCUAUUUCGAAGGAGAGACUGCUUUUGUGGCCGGUGCUCUCUCAGAUUAUGUUAGACCAGAAGAAGAGGAGAUCAUCCAAGACAUCUUUCCGCAGGCAACCUUCCAUUAUAUUGAAGGCGCAGGACACUGGCUGCAUGCAGACAAGCCGGCAGAAUUCUUAGAUGUCGUAAUUCCAAUGAUUCAGGAAUAAAAAUCUAAUAGUUCUUGGAAUUUAGAAUGCUUUGUAAAAAGGUACAAGUACUGUACUGUAGUCAGAACCACAAUUAGAUUAUUAUUUUAUUCAUGAGCAAAUUAUUUCAGGAUAAUAAUUUAUUUUUGGUUGUAAAUUAAAAGACAAUUGAUGCUAGUUUUACAAUUGUUUAAUAAGAUUAAUAUUUUAAAAUAAUUUAAUGACUGAAACUGUUUUAUAUUAACUUAAAUAUGUAUUUAAUAUCUUUGUAAUAUAUGUAUAUACUAAAAGUAAAUAGUAAUAAAAUAUUGCAC